AUGGCUGACCGAAGACGAAUUAAUGGUCCAGUAGGCCAAACGACCCCUCCUGUCUACGAUACGCCUCAAGGGAAAAGAGUAGCAAAGCGUCCCGGGGACAAUGCCGUUCGAAAGAUCUUUCUGAAAACAGGAGUCACUCCUUCUGCUUCAGGAUCUGCAUAUCUAGAAAUUGAAGACCCAUUUGUAAUCCGUCCUUCAGGCACGAGCUUGAAGCUUACCUGCACUGUCCAUGGACCUCGAGCACUUCCGCGAUCAGCGCCUUUCUCUCCUCAUAUCAUCCUUUCGACGCACGUCAAAUAUGCACCUUUCGCGACAAGACAAAGACGAGGUUACCUACGCGACUCAAGUGAGAGGGAUCUCGGAGUCCAUCUAGAAACAGCAUUACGAGGCGCAAUUAUCGCGGAUCGUUGGCCUAAAAGUGGUGUCGACAUCAUCGUUACCAUAAUUGAAGGAGACCAGAAUCGUGACUCUCCCGAUUACGACAGAGACGAAGGUUGGGAUAUGAUGAAUGUCUUAAGUGGUUGUAUAACCGUCGCCUCUGCGGCUAUUGCGGACGCUGGCAUUGACUGCGUGGAUACUGUUGCAGGAGGCGUUGCGGCUUUAGCAGCUCAGGACGAGAAGAGCCAGCCAAGUAUCGUCCUUGAUCCAGAUGUUGCCUCAUAUCACAAGAUAUUUGCAGCGUGUUGUGUCGCAUACUUACCGACAAGGGAUGAAGUAACCAACGUCUGGUUCAAGGGUCAACUGCCCGCUGCGGACGCUAUGCUCUACAACAAAAUGGUCGAGAGAAGCCUUGUAGCAUGCCGCAAUGCGAACCGCGUCCUCAUCCAGGCUUUAAAUGAGACGGUUGAUCAAGGAAAAAAGGUCUCUUAA